AUGGAUAUAAAUAAUAAUAAUAAUAAUAAUAAUAAUAAUAAUAAUAAUAAUAAUAAUAAUAAUAAUAAUAAUAAUAAUACCACUACAAACAGCAAUAGUCAUAACCAUAUAAAUACAACAAGUCCUACUUUGGGAAGCGGUAAAAAAUUAGUUAGAUUAAAUAUUCCCCCACCACCUUUACCGCCAAAAUCCAUUUCCUCACCACCCAAAGCAAUAAACAACAGUGAUAUUUAUAAUCUAAUAAGUGCAAAUCAAAAUCAAAAUCAAAAUAACAAUAAUAGUAGCAAUAGCAAUAAAAAAGAAGAAUCUAUACAGUUAAAAACCUAUGAAUCAUUAAUUAAACCAAUCAAUGUAAUUAAGAACAAUGUUAUUACAUCCAAUACUCCCAAUAAUGGUGAUGGUGGUCAAGAUACAAUAGAGUUGGUAAAUAGAGUGUAUAAUAGCCAGGAUAUGAUAGCCAAUCAUUCUUUAGCAAAUUUAAAUAUAUUUUCAGCAAACCCAAAUGACGAAUAUAAAAUUCUAUCUCAAGGAAUUUUGAGGAUACCGGUUUAUUUUAAAUUCAAACAAAAGAACAAUAAAUAUAAAUCAUUUAUACUACAAUUCGACUUUAAUUUUAGAAUGUUAAAAAUCAUCAGAAAGGGAAAAAGUAUCAAAACCAUCCCAUUCACCUCUUUUGACAAAUCAAUUCCAAGCCCAUUCACCGAUAAUUUUCUCUCAUUUAGAACCAAAGAAUUUAAAUCAUACGACUUUUAUUUCUCAUCUAAAAUCGAACGAAAUGAAAUGGAUACAUUAAUCAACUAUAUCAUAGCUGAUCCUUUACAUUACAAGUGUCCAGAGAACAUAAUUUUAAUACACCAAGAAACUUCAGAAUAUCCUGUCAAUGGUAAAUAUUAA